AUGGAUAUGGCGGCCAUUUCCAAGAGAAACAAGCCCAAUAAACAUGUCUCGACGUCUGUGCUCGUCAUCAUCAUCAUCCUCAUCGUCUUACCCGCCUCUUCUGCCUCGGAUAGCUCCACCAACAGCCCUCACAAUGCGACUCCUAGUCCUGGAUACCUCGGCCACAAGCAGCCCGUUUACGGAGGGAGGAAGGUUGUUGUGGAAAGAAUGCUAAAGAUAGACAUCACUGACGAUUAUCCUCCGGCGAGAGUCAAGCCGGCAAUGCCAACACCAUGUUGUUAA